GCUCCUGCAGCAGAUCCCCUUCCUCUUGUCUCUUUCUCUUAACAGCCACAGCAUGGACCCUCUCUCCAACUUUAUCUCGGUGUUUUCGUGUUAGUUUCCGGUUGCCUUUGGAUUUACGGCCUUUGUCUGGAUUCCUUAACUCACCUGGACACCAUGUUUACCACCACCGGCUCUCGGGGCCUGUACAAGGCUCCUCUGUCUAAAGGCCUCCUGCUGGUUCUCAAUGGGCUGACUGUGAUGCUCACCCUGCUGCCACAGUACCAGGAACUGUUCGUGUACAACCUGCAGGCUGUCACACAGCAGCACCAGGUGUGGAGGUUGUUGUGCGGCAGGCUGGUUUGUCUCGACGUAAAGGACUCCUUCUGUAGCAGCCUGCUCAUCUACAACUUCCGUAUCUUUGAGAGGAGGUUUGGCACCAGGAAAUUUGCUUCCUUCCUGUUGGGCAUUUGGUGUCUCUCCGCGCUGAUGGACUUCCUGCUGGCUCAGGCUUUCCAGUAUCUGUUUGACUAUGAGGUGGAGGAACUGCCUGCAGGACUGCUUGCUCCAGUCUUCUCUCUGUUUGUGCCUUUCUACCGGUUGAUCCCCAGAAUGCCGGUCACCCAGGUCCUGGGUCACAUCCACAUCACCAACAAGUCUCUCGUCUACAUCGUAGGCUUGCAGCUGUUGACUUCCAGUCCCUUCAUGUGGCUCCUUGCACUCAGUGGACUGAUCUCAGGCGGACUGUACCACUCCAACGUUCUCUGGUUACAGAAGCUUCUCUUUGUUCCUGCCUGGGUGUCUUGUAUUGGACGGUAUAUUCUGGAGCCAGUCUUUUCAAGCUCCCAGCCGAGCAGCGAGACGCCCCUGGGGAUGGGUGCCACUCUGGACAUUCAGAGGCAGCAGAGGAUGGACAUGCUGGACCAACAGCUGCUGCUGGCCCAAUACAACGAGUCCAGGAGGAACGCCAGACAACAGCAACAGUCUGGGUUGUUACAGUGGACCAGAUUGUUCCCCUCCUUGAGACACAGAGGGCAGAACCGACCCCCAAUGCAGCCCCGCCCCCAGGCUCAUACACACCCAUCCACACAGUCGCCUCUAUUAGACAACUCUCCUGUCGCAGAGGAGCAGGUUGCACGGUUGGUGGAAAUGGGCUUUUCCAGGAUUGAUGCCCUGGAGGCCCUCAGAGCUUCAAACAACGACAUCAACAUGGCAACUAACUUCCUCUUGCAACACUGAGAGAGAGAGAAAGAGAGAGAGAGAGAGCUCGGUGAGAAAAACAGAGGUGAACGAGGACAGAGAGAGAAAACAGGAAGAGAAGCAACCAAAGCAGAGGAGCAGAAGACAGCGAAUGAUGGAGAAAUUGUACAGAUAAUCUGAAGUCUGUGUCGCUGCUCGCUGAAGCAGUCGCCAGGCUGACCUGAACCAAGCCCGAUAGCAGGCUGAUAAAUGAAGAGGUGUGAAGCACAAAGUGGAAGACAUUUGUGUCAUAGCUUUCUGAUGGCCUUCGUAGUGUGAAACAUGCGUCAUUGCUGGAGGCAGUUUAACUCUGAGGGGUUCCCUUUGAAAGCAUGUACAGAAACCAAACAGGAGUGUUCAGCACAGUGGAGGAAAUAUUAAGGUGGGUUAUUUCUUUAAAACAGAACUGACGCUGAAGCACAGCAAUCAGCUGAGAUCCCACGACCCUCUCCACAGGGAACUUAUAGCAGCGUGAAAUAGAGUUUUAUAUAACCCACUGUCAUGUACUGCCACUUUACUUCCAAAAUGGCUACUGUGUAACCAGCGUCUUAGACCCUGAUAACUGGUUAGAGGUGAUAGUGACAUUGAAAACAAAUAAAGAAAAGGGUGCGCAAUGUUUCUGAGAGCAAGAGGGUUUUCAUCUUGUUUUGGAUGGCAUAAAAGACGUUCAGGAUUUUAGGCUCUGCUCUUGGAUAGUUUUGUUUUUCACUGAGACAAUAGGACACAGGAAUGCAGUACCUGCUAGAAGCUCAUGUUCAACUCCACAGAGAGGUGCAGAGGUCAUGAUUACAACUUCAGAAUUUACAAUUAAAGAACAAUAUAACCUACUUUACCAUGAUUUUAUCACAGUUGUUAUUUCUUUGUGUUGGCAGUGUUUCGUGGAAGUAGCAGGGCGCAACCCUUUUCCUGCUUGAGCUGUUUUAACAAACCCAGAUCUACAGCUACUUUAAGAACCAAACUUCUUCCAUUUCUAAAACCACAAGCACGUUGUUGGUGACGGACAGCUAUCUCAGGGUCUAUGAGGCGACUUCUUCUGUUAAUGACAUAAUCACAUUUACAGACACGAGUGCCCGUACACACACAGACACACAUGCACAGUAGCCCUCGACUAUUUCUGUCGUCAUUUCGUGCAAUCACUCCUAAAGGUUUUAUUUAUUCUGUCUUAACUGAGUCUUUUCUCUGCCAGCACACGUCUGAUUCAAAGCAAGUCUUAAAAGACAGAUGAUAUUUAUUAUGCAAUAUCAUAACUAUAUCAUAAAGAGAAAUGUAUGGAGACUAUGCACCGCAUAGUCACUACUUUGUGUAUAUAAGAGUGCAAAACAUUUUGUGCAAGAGAAGCAACAUUGCAGCCACUAUGUAUUGAUGUCAAAGACAGAUGCUAGUUUUCUAUUUUGUGCGUAAUAAUAUUGAUAAUAUAUGACCACUGAGACGAGUCCGUCAUUUGUGUGUAUGUAUUUUUUAGAGUGAUAUAACAGUAUAUGGGUGUGAUGAGGGAGUUGUUGCAUGGACAACUUUCUGAUGAACUGUAAUGAAUCAUAUUUGAUCUGUGGAAUAAAUCAUCUUGCAGACUGAA